AUGUACCUAUCUAAUAGCGACAUGAGAGACAAUGCCAAUGAUGAUCAUAAUUUACAAACACCACAAACAAACACAUUACCUAUCACCUCUAAUCUACCACAAGCAGCGUCUCCACCAUGUCCCGCAUUACUUGUAAUAGAUGACAAUUCGAAUUCUGAGGACUCAACUAUAAAUAAUACCAAUGACAUUCCAAAUAAACCAUUGAUUUCGUCUAAUGCUCAAAUGUCACAUGUUCAAAUAUCAACAAAUUUAUCGCCGUCCACAGUUGAUAUUGUAAAUAAUACAGCUGAACAACAACGUCGUCGAAAUUCAUCCAUAGCAAAAUUACUCGGUGGCCAUCCAUUACAUAAUCAACAAUACGAAGAAAUAAAUCAACAAAUACUUGAUUCUCAAUCAGCUCAAAAUGUAACUAAUUCUAGUGAUCACGGAACUGAUAGUGGUAUUCAACGAACACGUAGUUCAAUAACACGAACUUUACUUAUGAACACAGAACGAACUAAUAACAUGACAGAAAUUCCCACAAAAACACAAGUAGCAUCAACACCACCAUUUUCAAAAGACUUCGAGUAUUUAAUACGUCGAGAACCUGAAAAAUCCGAUAUCGAACAUGCACCAUUCAUACUUCAACAAAAAGAUUCAGCAUCAAAAGUUUGUCAGAAUAUGAAUUCUUCUAAUAAAACAAAUGUUCAAUUAUCCAUGCAACCAAAAUUAAAACGAAAGAGAUCUUUUUCAAAACCAUCAUUAAUAUCACCAAAUAAAUCAACAACAAAUGUUCCACCAUUUUCUCUGCAUGAUCCAUUUGAACUUGAAUCAUCAGCAAUAAAUGCAGUUCCAUCGGUACAUCAUCAACAAAAUGAAUUUCUUCAUUUUAAUUCAUCAAAACGUCCUCGUCAUUCAAAUCAACAACAUCAACAUCAACAGCAACAACAUAGUUUAUUAAUCAAUAACUCAACAACAAAUCAACCUUCAUAUCCUUAUGAUAAAAUGAAUAUGAACUCUUCAGUUUAUAGUCAAUUUUCUAUACAUCAUGAUCGAAUUCCUUCAAAUACUUGUCCGCUUUAUUCACAUACAGCUAAAUUAUUAAUGCCAUCACCCAUCGAACCAUUAACAUCAUCUGGAACUGAGCCACAUCAUAAUCAUAACAAUAAUAAUAAGAGCGCCACUAUGACAUCAAUACGUAAAGCAAAAUCGAUACUUGUUCAACCCGAACGAUGUGACUUUUCAAGGCAACGAUCGUAUUCUCAUUCAUCUAAUCAGUCUGAUGCAUUUUUAGCAUCAUCAUCUGAACCAAGUGUACCAUUAAAAAAACGUUUACUUCAUGCAUAUAACAACGAGCAGCGUCCUACAUAA